AUGUCUGGUACCGCUGGUUUUCUCUUUAAAGACAAGCUUUUGGUUGGAUCGAAAUAUGUGAUCGGAAAAUACGACAUCACUGUCGAAAAGUACUUGUCAGAAGGUGGCUUUUCCCAUGUGUAUGCUGUGCAAACAUCCUCAAAAACAGACGGGUCUCCUCUUCCAGCAGUUUUAAAACGCAUGUAUGCAGCGGACGAACAUGCGUUAAAUUCUAUUAAAUUGGAAAUUGACACAAUGAAAUUGCUUAUAUCGAAUCCCAACGUUGUUACUUAUUACGACUCUUCUUUUCUUCCUUUAAACGAAGAGAAGAAUGAUUAUGAAGUACUUUUGUUGAUGGAAUAUUGUUCUGGUGGUGGACUUAUUGAUUUCAUGAAUCAGCGUUUGCAGACUCGAUUAUCAGAAGUAGAAGUGUUGAAGAUUAUAUCAGAUGUUACUCAAGGUGUAGCGGCUAUGCAUCGUUUACGGCCUCCAUUGGUCCAUCGAGACUUGAAAGUUGAGAAUAUCCUGCUAACUUCUUCUUUCUCUUCUUUCAAGCUUUGCGAUUUUGGCAGUGUGACCGAGCCCAUGCAUGCCGCAGAAAACUCUACUGAAAUACAUGCAUUGGAAAAGAAUCUCGCUACGUUUACUACCUUUCAAUAUCGAGCCCCCGAAAUGAUUAAUCUUUACGCUGGGCUUGCAAUUGAUGAAAAAAGUGAUAUGUGGGCUUUGGGUGUGCUACUUUAUAAGCUUUGCUAUUACACUACUCCUUUUGAAACCCAAGGACCAAAUGCCAUUCUCAAUGCUACCUAUGCUUUUCCUCCUUUUCCUCGUUAUUCUCAUUCCCUAAAGAAUAUUAUUAUCGCUUUGCUUCAGCCGAACCCUUGUUUACGUCCUAACGUUUUCCAAUUAAUGUAUGAAAUUUGUCGGCUUCGCGGAAAACCAUUGCCAUUUGGUGACUUUUAUGCCGGCAACGAUCCUUCCUUUUAUGAUAUGGGUAAUAGAAAAGUAAUGUCCCUCUCUAGACAAUCCCAAGGAUUGGCCUUCAAUCAACAAAUUCCUCCGUCUGCGCCGAUGCCCACCUCUCAUAUUCAAAGUUCUCGACCUACUGUUGCUCCUAUGACGCCUCCUACUUAUCCAUCUCAUCCUGCGUCAAACCCAUUCUUUGUACAAGCAAAUGUGUCUGGUGCAUCUCAAAAAAUGCGUACUCCCGCUCCUCUUCAACAGAAUAUACCGAUCAAUCGUCCAAUGGACUUGGGGUCUUCAAGGAAUUAUAGUUUCCAUAACCAGCAACCAAUAUCUCAUACUACUCCAGUUGCUGCGGAUUCCGUACCCCUUUCUUAUGUUUCAAGCAAUAGCAAAAAUCCAUUUCCUGUCUCCCACUCCACGACAGGUGCGUCUAGUCACUACACACCGACUGACUAUUCACAGACAGGUUCGAAAUCGGUACCUGAAUCUGCCCAUGGAGAUUUAGAGGAUACCAUUGCUUUACGUUAUCCAGAGCUCAGUGAAUUGGAAGCACAGGUUACGAACCAGACGGAUACGUCUUCCCAAAAAGCGUAUGAACUUUCAAAGCGAGAAGUAGAAAUUGCCAAGUUGGCUGAUGAUGCGUUUGCCAGUUUUUUGAAACCUGCGGAAUCAAAUGAUGAGGAUGUGAAGGUCGAAAAUGAUUUUCCAAAUUAUCAGUCAUCCUCUUCUUUUGCUGCGGAUGGUCAAAAGUCAGAAAAGACUGAUUCACCAGCAGAAUUUCAAGAUCAUUCUCAUCACUUAAAUUCACCUAACGAGUUUCCAAAACUCUUUUCUCACCAUUCUGACUCGGCUACCCAGAAGUCUCCGUUGGGCUUUAGCGACGAAGCAGUAACUGGUCCACAGAGGAUAUCUCGACACAAGAAAUCGUCGUCCCAUGGCUUACCUUACUCUUCAUCUCACUCUAAUUUGAAAACAGAAGGUGAUGACGAGGCUGACGAGGCAUCCUUUUCUUUACGUCGUCGGAAAACAACCGCUGCUAAUCAGAAAUAUGCAAGCCAGCCUUCAACAAACCCUUAUAUCAAUCCCGAAGGAGUAGAAUAUCCUGAGCAAGCAUUUCAAACCAAUGAGCAACCAAUUCCGACCGACUUUUUUGAGGAAGCGAGAAGGAACUCAUCAAAUCCUACUUCAUCAUCAAACCCAAAUAUGCCUGACACUGAAGAAAGGUCCGACAUUCCGUCUUUUGAAACACCUAGAAGGACAAGCAGUGCAAAGAGUGAUUGGAGUUCACGCGAUUUUCAACCGCCGAUGUUCUCGACUAAAAAUCCAUACUUGAAACAACUUUCCCCUGAACAGCAUGGAAACAGCAUGUUACAUAAUGAUCAAGAUAGUUUGUUGGAUCCCAUUGAAUCUGAACAAUUUUCGAUCCAAGACAACGAUGAUUUGAAAAAAAUUUUCGAUGAUGAGCUACAGAAAACCCGUUCAUAUUCAAAUUCGGGACGAGCCAGUGCUAUAAAUGAUGUCUCUCAAACGGCCCCUCCGAAUUAUCUUGAUAAAGAAAUAGAACUUGACAACUUCAGCUCUCUAUCCAGACAGGAUAGCUCUCAUUCCGGCACCUCUCACCAGGAACGGUAA